AUGAAUAAAGAGGACCAAAGCCGUAUGGAAAAAUGUUUGAACAAGGAAGCCUGUAAAGGUAGAAGAAGAAAGAGCAAGAAGAAUCAGAGCAACGAUAAAAAGGAAAAGAAAAAUGAGGACAGUGGUCAAACGGGAAAGAAGUAUGAGGGCAAUGGAAAAACAAGAAAGAAAAAUGGGGACAAUGGCAAAAACGGAAAUAAUAAUGAGGACAAUGGAAAAACGGAAAAGAAGAAAGAUGGCAGAAGGAAAAGGGAAAAGGAGAAUAAUGACAGUUGUAAAAAAGGAAAGAAGAAUGAAGGCAGAAGGAAAAAGGAAAAGGAGAAUGAUGCCAGUAGCAAAAAGGGAAAGAAGAAUGAUGGUAGUGGCAAAACGGAAAAGAAUUGUGCAGGCAGAAGGAAAAAGGAAAAGGAGAGUGAAGACAGUGGCAAAAAGAGAAAGGAAAACAAUGUCAGUGAUGAAGAGGACAAAAAGCAUCGCAAUGAAAACAAAGAAAG